GCCUUUUGAGUCUAAAUUACAUGGUCCUUUCGUCUUCCUCAUGGGAAAAUGUUUUUUCGUAUCCCUCCUGGGAAACUGAAGCAGCGUGUUUAUUAUGGGGCAGUAACUGAAUAGUCUAUUUUUUCUCUUUUCACACACUCACGUCAGUUCAGUUCCAAUAAUAUAUAAAUAUCUUCCCAUUUUACAUGUUAUAAACAACAAUAUAUUUGACAAAAAAAAAAAAAAAACAAUAUAUUUGACAACAUGGCUUCUGGACAUCGUCAACAAAACAAGUUAGAUGCCAAAUUCAAAGCUAUGUUUGAAACCGAAGACGAGAAGUUCCAGAAGCUUCUUGAAUGCUUAGAGCCUCUAAGCGAGAACCAGGUACAAGUUGACAGCUUAACUCUAUCCGAUUUGAACAGUAUCUUUUUAACUGCAUGCCAAAUGGUUAAACAUGUCCAAGUCCUCACCAAAAUUCCUUUUAAAGAUGUACGCGAUAGCGUGUUAGCCAAGGCAAACUCAUUAGGGAUUUGUCCUCCAAGUCACGAAAUGAAUCUUCGUCACAUUUACGAAGUUUGUAAAUGGAUGAAAACCGAAGCCGGUAUUGAAGCCGUUGUGGAAGUGCAACGCAGCGAGAAGCUAAAGAGGCGAGCCUCAGUAAAAGGGAGGACGGUUGCUGAAUCGGCUAUGAUCAGAGCGUUUAACGCUCAGUUUGCUGAGUAUAGCUCUGAGCUAAAGAAAGCUCGUGCGGCUUUGGAGAAAGAGAGUGAUACUGGUGUUCGUAUCCGAGACAAGUACUGGCCAGUUUCUACAUUCGAUGUAGCCAUCAAUAUUAUUCAUGAAGAGUCAGUUCUUGAUUUUUGUAGAAAAGAGGAAGUGAAAUGUGGUUUAUACAAGUAUGUUGAAGGAUUGAUUGAACGUAAAACGGUGAGUUUUGCUUUACGUGAAGCCGAUAAUCUUCGGGCUGUUCUCAAGGAAAUGGAAAGUUUUGAAGUUCCAGUUUCGUCCAUGGAUGGAAAUUGUCUUGUUAGUGAUAAGAGCAAAGAUAUUGGAUCGGUGCUUGGUCAUGGUGGAGAAUCAUCGUCUAAGAGAGAGAGACGUCUUACUUGUACGAAGAAAGAUAUUGGACCGGUGCUUGGUCAUGGUAGAUAAACAUCUCUAAGAGGAAGAGGUCUUACUCGUAACCCGUAAGAAGUAGAUUUGACUCAUUAAUGGGAUUAUGUGAAAUGAUCAAAAUUAUAAAAUAUGUUUUUUUGUUUCUUUAGUCUUUUUUUGUAACGUUUUUUCUAUUUGUUGUACGGGUCACUAUUAAAGUUUAAUCUACUGUUUAAUACAAAAAUUAAAAUGUGUUUCUAAACGCUCAAACUAGAAGGUCUCCACUUGAUCGGAUCAUGUUGAUCAAGUUUUGAAAUUUCAUUUUAUA